CCGCCCUAGAGGGCUCUUGUGGUCUUUUCCCUCUAGGGGCCCUUUCUUUCGCACCAAAUUACUUACUUGGGAUCAACUCUCUUCCGAUUUAGAGCACAGCUCCGGGGCCCCAUCGUGAAAUAGUAUAUAUGUGGAUAGACACCCACGCACGUUGCCUCUGUGUUUGUUGCACAAUCCAGAUUCAUUUAUUUUUUUUGUUUACCGUUUAAAGCCACAGGUGCUCUGGAUCGAUUUUGGAGGGAAACUCUAGUUCCAGCAUUUUUGGCUUGGAUGUUGAGGUGCCAUCCUUGUUUUCAUUCUGCUAAAUUCCCUGGUGCAUCUGGUAAUAAGGCUCAUCAUGGCACGAAAGGACGCCGCAUCACUGCCCACCCUGAAGCUAUUGUUGGUUGGAGACAGCGCAGUGGGGAAAUCCAGCCUUUUGCUGAGAUUUGCUGAAGACCAGUUUGAGCCAUACCUCAGCCCAACUAUUGGUGUUGAUUUUAAAGUGAAGAAGAUGGUGGUUGGGGAUCUUCCCCUUCAGCUAGCAAUAUGGGACACAGCAGGGCAGGAGCGAUUUCGAACAUUGACUCCAAGCUAUUAUCGAGGUGCUCAAGGUGUAAUUUUAGUUUAUGAUGUUACCAGGAGAGACACUUUUCUGGGCCUGGAAAGCUGGCUGCAGGAGCUGGAGAUCUAUACCAAGAAAAAUGUUGUGAAGAUGCUGGUGGGCAACAAAAUUGACGAGAUUGAUCGUGAAGUAGAAAAAAGAGAAGGAUUGCAGUUUGCACAGAAACACUCCAUGCUCUUUGUAGAAGCCAGUGCUAAAAUGAAGGCUGGGGUGCAAAGUGCCUUUGAGGAGGUCGUCAUGAGGAUCCUGCAGACUCCAGAGCUUUGGAACUUCAGAAGAGAUGGAGUGAGGUUGGCAGAAAACAGAGCCUUCAGAGAAGCAGAUGCCUGCAAUUCCUAUUGUUCUGUUGCUUAACACCCUAUGUGUUCAAAUAAAAAGAC